GUGAACUAAACAAAACCCUACUCGGAGAUCUUGCAAGUCCUCGAGCCAUGUCGUAUCCUCAGGAGAAUGAUCUUCGCUCCAUACGGGUCGACGGCUUGCCGCCGAAGAUGGAUGAGAUCUACCUCUUCAGCUGUUUCCAUGACAACGCAGAGGUUUUGGCUGCAACGGUUUUGCGUAAUCGGCGAUCAGGAGUGCCGCUAGAUUAUGGUUUCGUGGAGUUUGCUUCUCACAGCGAUGCUGAAUUUGUCUUGGAUUUCUACAAUGGUGAGCGCAUGCCCAACUUCAUUCAUGAGAGAUUCUGCCUCAGCUGGGACACCGAUGGUUCCGGUACAUUCUGGCGCUUGGAUUCUACCUACCGAGAUUGCUCUUUCUUUGGUUAUGAUGAAAAAGACAAUAUCAAGGAUGCCAAGUCAGUGAUUGAGCUCUACAAGGACUCCAUAACUUCUGCUCUUAAUAGAAAGCGAGCUUAUUUGCAAUCUGCCUGCCCAAAUACGUGUGGAGAUUCAGGGGACACAGAAAACCAGCUAGAUCAUGCAAAGUCGAAUGGUUUAAGUCCUGCUGGCUAUAUGGAAACGGAUGUUGACAAGCGUUUGAAGCUUACGGACAUGCCUCUCACUCAUCCUAACAUGUAUCAACAAGGAUGUUCCGGCCCUAAUCUUACAAACCAACAGAACCAACCAGACCCGAUGCAGUGGGAUGGUGGUUGUGGUGCUGGAUAUGUUAAUGACCAAGUUCCUAAGGGAGCUCUGGAAAUGGUUUCCUCGAUGAAGGAGGAGAAGGAGCUGUAUCUUGGUUUCGAAGAAGUCAACUAUCGAAGAAGUUGUUACGUCUUCCGCACCAUCAAACUGUCUGAGUUAUUGGUUUGCUCUUGUAACUUCAAUAUGGAUGCUCGUGAAAUUACCGGGUGCGUCAAUUGUGCCCCCAAAACCAAACAGAAAUCGCAGUUGCGCCAGCGGGCUUGGCUCUUCACCGGGGAGAAAGUCCCGGAAAGCUGCGGCAGCAAAGAGGUGAAAAUCCCAACGCGUAUGGGUUCCUGUGCCUACGGCUCCCGAAUCAUCUUCGCCGGUGGCUUGGUUCCCCGACCAGAUGAGGAAACAACAAUGACGGCAGCCCAUGUGCCUUGUGGAGAUGUGUAUAGUUUUGAGCCGGAGUCUAGUGUGUGGAAAAGGCUUGAUUGGAGUAUCCCGAAGGCGAAACCAGAGCCCUUGCUUUUUGAGGUGAACGGAAAUCUCUAUUGUCUUGCCGGUGCUCCUCAUGAACCCUCUUUCGAGGUAUACGAUAGCAGUUCUCGUGAAUGUUUGUUUCUGCCGCAUCCUCCAGAUAGCAUUCCGGAACUAGGCAAUUGGCAUGGUUUUGUACAUUACAGGUCUUUUAAUAGAUUGGCUUGUGCUAUUGUUGGAUCCAAGAUCUUGAUCUCGAGCAUGGGGAACGUGCCAGCCUAUUACAUUCCCAUUAUCUGCUUCGACGUGAAUGACAAGAAACAGAAAUGGAGAAUGAUGACUUCCUUGUUCGAUGGUAUUAUGUUGUGGCAGAGGAGAAUCACAGGCUGCGACUUGUGAGAGCGUCCUUGUG